AUGGCGACAAGGAACAGGACGUUGAUAUUCAGGAAGUACAGGGACGCGUUGAAGAGCGUCAGGAUCCCAACGAGCUCCUCUUCUUCAUCGCAGCAGCCGUUGUCGUCUGCUUCGACGAGCUCCUCCACCAGAGACGGUCGCGGCGGUGGUCCGGUGAUUGAGUUGGUCAGCACUUCGCUCCUCAAUCCUAACCGCUCUUACGCUCCUCUCAGUACGGAAGAUCCCGGUAAUUCCAGUAAAGGUGCACUAACAGUUGGUCUACCACCUGCUUGGGUUGACAUAUCGGAAGACAUAGCAGCAAAUGUGCAACGUGCUCGGACGAAAAUGGCUGAGUUAGCCAAGGCUCAUGCCAAAGCAUUAAUGCCUUCAUUUGGAGAUGGUAAAGAAGACCAACGUACAAUUGAGGGUUUAACCCACGAGAUAACCGGUCUUAUAAAGAAAUCAGAGAAGAAGCUGCAGAGACUUUCUGCUGGGGGUCCAACAGAAGAUUCAAAUAUCAGGAAAAAUGUUCAGCGUUCUCUAGCCACAGACCUUCAGAAUCUUUCUAUGGAACUUCGUAAGAAGCAAUCAACCUACUUGAAGCGCCUCAGGCAGCAAAAAGAGGGUCAAGAUGGGGUUGACUUGGAGAUGAACCUUAAUGGUAAUAGAUCCAGAAUUGAUGAUGAGGAUGGUUUAGAUGACAUGGCGUUUAGUGAUCUUCAAAUGGCCAGAGUGAAAAAGACCGAGGCAUUUACUGCAGAAAGGGAGAGAGAGAUUCAACAGGUUGUGGAGUCUGUAAACGAACUUGCUCAAAUCAUGAAGGACUUGUCAGUACUUGUGAUAGACCAGGGUACUAUUGUUGAUAGAAUAGACUACAACGUUCAGAAUGUCGCAACUACAGUCGAGGAAGGGCUUAAACAGCUGCAGAAGGCUGAGAGAUCACAGAAGCAAGGGGGAAUGGUAAUGUGUGCUACGGUGCUCGUAAUUAUGUGCUUCAUCAUGUUAGUCCUUUUGAUCCUCAAAGAAAUACUAUUCUGA